AUGUGGAGGGAGUGGCGAUGGCUCGUGGUCACAUUGAAUGCUGUAGCUGCUCUUUCACCGGUCGUCAAAAUUGGAGCAAUUUUCACGGAAGAAGCUCGAGGAGGUAGUGCGGAGCUGGCCUUUAAAUACGCAGUUUAUAGGAUUAACAAAGAAAGGAGUUUGUUACCAGAGAGUACUCUCGUGUACGAUAUUCAAUAUACCACAGCGAGGGACACCUUCAGGACUUAUAAGAAAGCCUGCACACAAAUAAAGUCUGGUGCAAUAGCUAUAUUUAGUAGCGCAGGACCACUUCUCGGGUCUACUUUGACAGCCAUGUGUCGAUCUCUGCACGCACCACAUUUGACAGUGUCGCCGCACUUUGACGAUGCUCUCAACAGUACAGACUCUUUCACAAUCAACUUGAACCCCUCCCGCACUCUCAUGGACCAGGCCUUUACAGAUCUCACAUCUUUCCUAAAUUGGACCAGAAUGGGCAUAAUUUAUGAGGAUUACGGUUUUGGUGAAUUAAAUAUUGUUCGUCUAGCGCGUGAUGGUCGGGAUAUGUACGCGGUGCGAUGCGAAACGCGCGACUACAGACGUGCGCUUGCGCAGCUCAAAGCGCAAGGGAUCAAACACAUCAUUGUUGAUACAGAUCCUAAACACUUGCGGAUGCUGUCUAGAGCUAUUUUGCAGCUACAGAUGAAUAAUGAAGAGUAUCAUUAUAUUUUUACAUCUUUUGAUAUGGAGCUGUUUGAUCUUGAAGAUUUCUUCUACAACCGUGUCAACAUGAGUGGUUGGAGAUUGGUCGAUCGUAAUUCAGAUAAAGUGAAAGACGCUUUGCAGGUGAUGGAAAAGUUCCAUCCUAUUGGCGCCUCCAUCCUCAGCGGUGGGCAUAUAAAGACUGAACCAGCCCUAUUAUACGACGCAGUUCAAGUACUUGCUUUGGCUCUAGCUUCCACAAAGGAUGUGCACUCUUCUAACGUAUCGUGUGAGAGCGAGACGCAUAUAUCACAUGGGAAAAUUCUUUUGGAGAACAUCAAUAAGGUCCAAGCCCAUGGCCUUACUGGUCCUAUAUCCUUCACAAACGGAAUCCGCACCACCUUCCACCUCCAGCUGAUGAGACUGUCUGGGGGUGAAGAUGGCGGUGUAAUACUCGCUGGUACAUGGGCGCCUGACCAGGGACUCGAAGUCACUGACCCCGCGGCUUACAGGCGAAACCCACCGCCUAAUGUCACCUUGACAGUUGUUACUGUUGAAGAAAAGCCUUAUGUAAUGGUGAAAGAAGGCUGGAAUCUUCAAGGAAAUGCUAGGUUCGAGGGGUUUUGUAUAGACUUGCUGGCUCGCGUGGCGGCGCGGGCGGGCUUCCACUACACACUGAGAUUGGUUCCUGAUAAUAUGUACGGAGCUUGGGACCCCGAGACUGGGCAGUGGAAUGGGAUUGUGAAGGAGCUUAUGGAUAGGAACGCUGAUAUAGCAGUAGCAUCUAUGACCAUAAACUACGCGCGGGAAGCGGUCAUAGACUUCACGAAACCUUUCAUGAACUUAGGCAUCGGAAUCUUAUUCAAGGUGCCCUCGUCACAGCCAACGAGACUCUUCAGCUUCCUCAAUCCCCUUGCAAUAGAAAUCUGGCUGUACGUGCUCGCCGCGUACGUGCUGGUGUCCUUCACGUUGUUUGUGAUGGCGCGUUUUUCUCCUUAUGAAUGGUCUUCCAGCACCCAUGUUUGUGGGCACGAGACCAAACUCCUGACGAAUCAGUUUAGUGUCUGCAACUCCUUCUGGUUCAUAACUGGCACCUUCCUGAGACAGGGUUCUGGGUUGAAUCCUAAAGCAACUUCUACCAGGAUAGUGGGUGGUAUCUGGUGGUUCUUCACGCUCAUCAUCCUAUCCUCAUACACAGCCAACUUAGCUGCUUUCCUGACAGUUGAACGCACCGUGUUGCCCAUACAAAGCGCGGCGGAUCUCGCUGCGCAGAACAGCGUGCAAUAUGGAACGUUGAACGGAGGUUCUACUAUGACGUUCUUUAGAGAUUCAAACAUAGAUAUCUACCAGAAAAUGUGGCAGCACAUGUCUUCAGCAUCCCCCCCGGCCCUUGUCUCGUCCUACGAGGAGGGAGUGAGGAGAGUGUUAGCAGGAAACUACGCAUUCCUCAUGGAGUCCACGAUGUUAGACCAUAGAGUUCAGAGGGACUGUAACUUGACUCAGAUUGGUGGACUAUUAGACUCUAAGGGUUACGGGAUAGCGACCUGGAAGGGUAGUCCUUGGCGGGAUAAAAUCUCCCUUGCUAUCCUGGAACUCCAGGAAAAGGGCGUGAUACAAAUAUUGUAUGAUAAGUGGUGGAAGAACACAGGAGAUGUUUGUAAUAGGGAUGGAAAGGAUAGUAAGGCGAAUCCUUUAGGGGUGCAAAAUAUUGGUGGUGUAUUCGUCACUUUGCUGUGUGGACUCGUUCUAGCGAUAGUGGUGGCUAUUUUAGAGUUCUGUUGGAAUACUAAGAAAAACGCUUCACAAGGACGACAGUCCUUAUGCAGUGAAAUGGGACAGGAGUUGAGAACAGCUAUGAGAGGCGGCUCUUCGCGGACUGUCCUCAGACCUGGUUGUUCCCGGUGUUCCCCCGGGACUCACGUGCCACCGGCACCUUCAAGAUAUGAGGUUGGCUUAGUAUUGUUGUUGGAUAUUCGAUUGAAAAAAAAAUCGGACGGACGCGGCGAGCACGGUGGAGCUGAAGGAGCUGCGGUGGUCGUAGCGCGCGGCGCGGCGCGGCGCCUCCGCGCCCGCCACGCCGGCGCCGCGCCGCGCGCCCGCGCGCACCCACGAUUCUGUCGGCACUCUAAGAAGAACGACGUCGUACGUUCUAAAAGAACCCAGAGAGAAAAAACAUGUGCAGAUAAUUGCGUAGAAGAAGCCAUUAGAUUUUAUACUUACAUCAUACACAUACACACAUACAUCAAAAUUAAA